AUGGACCAGCAAGCCUUCCGACAGCUGCUCGCAACGCCGCGACCGGGCUCCGCUUCCCAGUCGGGCUCAGGCACGCGCGCCUUUGGCCGCUCCAACAAACGCUCCCAGCCCGCCGCUGGCGAUGCCGCCUCGUCGUCCAGCACGACACCCUCUGACCUGAGGCCGCGCAAGCUGGAUGCGGAAAAGGCGAAACGCCCUCCCAAGCCCCGCAUCAACCCGCUCACCGGCGAGGCGUACGUCGACCGCGCUACGGCGAGGCGGUCCGGAAAGGAGUCCGAGUUUGCCGACGUCGAAAAGCUGCUGGCCGACUUUGAGGCCCGCGCCGCCCAGCUCGAGACCGAGGAAGAGCGAGAGGAGCUUAGGGAGCAGAUCAAGUACCUCGGCGGCGACGAGAAGCACACGGUGCUCGUAAAGGGCCUCGACUUUGCCCUGCUCGCCCAGAACAAGGCCAGGCUCGAGUCCGAAGGCGGCCAGACGGGCGACGACGACCUGGAACGGGCAUUCGAGAGCGCCAAGUCGGGCAGUGCCGCUGCGGCAGAAGAGCAGACUGCCUCGGAGCCCGCUGCGGGCACCAAGCGGUCGAGGGAGAGCAUCCUCGAGGCGCUCAAGAAGCGGAAGCUGGGGCAGUCCUCGAGCAGCUCGAGCGGCGGCAUCGCCACGCAAGGCUCUUCGUCGGCCACUUCGUCCAGCAAGUUUAAACCCAUCGGCUUCAAACCAAUCGGAGCAGCGCCAUCUUCCUCUUCGACGACGACGACGACGACGACAGACGACCCAGACGUCAAGUACAUCAACGGCAAGAGGAUGCGCAAGAAGAAGAAGGACAAGAAGCCGGAUGCUGGCAGCGCCGUCGGUCCAUCGCAGGAUGAGCGGGCAAGCACGAGCAACGCCGGCAGCAGCAGAGUGGCGUCGACCUACAUGCCGCCGCCACCGACACCAGCAGCAGCGGCGGCGGCCGGUGCAGGCUCGACGCGGCGCACCGGCGAAGGGCCCGCAUCUCGAACGAAACAGCCUGACUCCGCUUCAGGGGCGACGUCAGCAUCUCCACCCCCGACAUCGCCAGUGCCUGCCCGGCCCUCUCCAACGAAGAAGGACGGGGACGUCGAGACAGCCGCUGCUGUCGGAAAGGAAGCUGCAUCUUCGAAGACCGAGGCGGGAGCCGCUGACACAGGCGCUCCUCUGCCUGUAACCACGCCGGCUGCGAGUGGGGAGACCGCUGCUGAAGUCGAGGACGACGAGGACGUCGACAUCUUUGCGGAAGCGGGCAGAUGGUCCGGUCUAUCGGACCAGGAGAGCGACACAGAGGCGGCGGAUUCGGCGGCGCCGGCGGCAUCGGCGAGCCCCGGCCGGCCGCAGCCUGCAGUUGGGAGCGGCCAGAAGCGAGACUGGUUCUCGACGAGUGGAUCCGCCGCCGCCGCCGCCGCCGCCACUUCGGAGGAUGAGAGGCACCACAGUCCUCACCGAGCGGCGUACGACGACGGUCCGACCGCACGUCCCUCUCGAGGUCCGUCGCACCACGACGACGACGACGACGACGGCGACGAGGGAGAAGCAGGAGAAGAUGAGGAGGGGGAGGAACGACCGACGAGGCUGCAGGGCUUCAGCGACUCUGCGCUGCCGUCUGAGCUGACGCGGGCGCUGCUGGAGAGGGAGAAGCAGCGAGAGGAAAAGAAGAGGCUCAAGGAGGAGGCGUGGAAGGAGAAGCGCAAGGCCAAGAAGCAGAAGAAGGAGAGGGGAGCACAGCCCGACGACGAGGCGGCGGGGGGCGAUAAGGGCGAAGAGGGAGAGGAAGAGGCGGACGAGUAG